UACGGAAAAGUCCAAAAAGCGAUGAGAAUGUCACACUUUUGGUGUUCGUCUAUACCAGGAAAAUAAUAUUUUUCGUAUAUACCCGUGAGCUUACCGUGAUAUUAAAAAUGUUUCGAAAAACACAAGCUCUAUUUAUUGUUAGCGGAUUUUUUAUAAUCUUUUGGAUGUGUGAGGGACACGUAAGUGAUGGUACACUAGCGCCAACAUCGUCACAUCUACUUUAUAUAAAGGCUCUCGAGAAAACUGGGAUCUUAACCAAAUUACCAAAUAUAACAAGCGAGUUUAGCUCUAGAAUAUUCAACUCCUUUCGCACAUUGCCGUCGUUUAAACAAGUAACCAGUCGAUCGGUAAGGAAACGCCAAAGCAACAAGCCUGUUAGCUACUUCUCAGAGGUCUCAAGUCAAAGACGAGUGCCGCGAAAGGCCUCUGCCGACAUGCUCAGUCGCAAUAUUUCAAUGAUUUUGGAGAACCUACUGAAGCGCUACGAGCAAUCGCAACUACCCACGCACGGACAAGGAGUGCCCACCGUGGUGCAGACCAACAUUCUGAUCCGCAGCAUGGGUCCUGUUUCGGAGCUGGACAUGGACUACUCGAUGGACUGCUACUUCAGACAGUAUUGGCGGGACAAACGUCUCAGUUUCAAGGGGCCCAUCAAGAGCCUAUCUCUCAGCAUUAAAAUGCUCGACAAAAUUUGGCGUCCAGACACUUAUUUUUACAACGGCAAGCACUCGCAAAUACACAUGAUUACUGUGCCCAACAAAUUGCUUCGACUUGACCAAAACGGUGGAAUUCUUUAUUCGAUGCGACUAACAAUUAAGGCUACGUGUCCCAUGGAGCUGCAAAACUUUCCAAUGGAUAGACAAUCAUGCCCCCUUGUAAUUGGAAGUUAUGGAUAUAUCAACCAGCAGCUAAUCUAUGAAUGGAAAAAUCAAGAUGAUGCCGUGUCCUUCGUUCCGGGGAUGACAUUAAAUCAAUUUGAUCUCAUCAGCAUGAUGCAUCGUAAUUCUACAACGGUGCGUCGCGAAGGUGACUUUUCAGUUCUGCAUGUGGCAUUUAAUCUCAAACGACACACUGGAUAUUUCCUAAUUCAAGUCUAUGUACCCUGCAUACUGAUUGUGGUUCUGUCGUGGGUCUCGUUUUGGAUACAUCGCGAGGCUACGAGUGACAGGGUCAGUCUAUGUGUGACAUCGGUACUGACCCUGUCCACCAUUAGCUUGGACUCCCGAACAGAUCUGCCAAAAGUGAAGUACGCCACUGCCCUGGACUGGUUUCUAUUGAUGAGCUUUCUCUACUGCAUUGCCACACUAUUGGAGUUCGCUGGCGUCCACUACUUUACCAAGCUGGGCAGCGGGGAGAGUCCUCAGCUGGAGGAUCAGUGGGAGGACAUUAGUAUAGCCAACGAACUGUCGGAUCACGUGGCCGAGGAUGGGGACGAUGCUCCAUUUGCAGACGAGGAGGACACAAGCGAUGGCACUGAAAAUGAUGACAACGAAGGGGGUGUCAGCGAAUCGAUUGACUCCAAGAAUGGUGUCUGCGUUUGCAAAAAACACGAUGCUCUGGGCCUCGAAUACGAUGGUUUUCUCAGGCGCGACACCAUUUUCUGUCCCACAUACAAUGAGCCAUCGUAUAUCCUGCCUGCCACCAUGGAGAGCACCACCCAAACGGAGCCGCCGGCCGUUUCCCGUCUGCACCAGAUGUGGUUGUGCCUGAAGAGCGAUAACAGUUUCCGGAAACAGCGAGAACGCAAAGCAGCGGAGCAAAAAAGCCAGCAAGGGGGCGCCAACUGUUAUGUUAACAGUGUGUCCCUAAUUGAUCGUGUUGCCCGAAUAGCCUUCCCGAUGUCCUUUGCAUUUCUGAACCUUUUGUACUGGCUGACUUAUGGCAUGUAUAAGAAAGAGUUCUCAUGGUCCAACAUGAAGGCAUAGGAAUAAAUGUUUAAGUUAUACGCAGUAGGAUAUAUAAACCUUUGAAUGUGAACUACUUUCAGAAGGGGGCGCCAACUGUUAUGUUAACAGUGUGUCCCUAAUUGAUCGUGUUGCCCGAAUUGCCUUCCCGAUGUCCUUUGCAUUUCUGAACCUUUUGUACUGGCUGACUUAUGGCAUGUAUAAGAAAGAGUUCUCAUGGUCCAACAUGAAGGCAUAGGAAUAAAUGUUUAAGUUAUACGCAGUAGGAUAUAUAAACCUUUGAAUGUGAACUACUUUCAGAAGGGGGCUCCAACUGUUAUGUUAACAGUGUGUCCCUAAUUGAUCGUGUUGCCCGAAUUGCCUUCCCGAUGUCCUUUGCAUUUCUGAACCUUUUGUACUGGCUGACUUAUGGCAUGUAUAAGAAAGAGUUCUCAAGGUCCAACAUGAAGGCAUAAGAAUAAA